GUGAACCCGUGUUCAUAAUCAUGACACUACAUUCAACUCACUGAAACUCAAAGCGCAACACGUGGGUGGUUUUGAAAGUUAACAAGCCAUAUCGUCAUGAAACGCACGUGUCUCCUAACAAUGGUGAUGCCCAACAUGCCACUGAGGAGGCCUUCCACCAGCCCGGGCGAUGCCCCGGUCUCUCCCAAGACUUUCACCCCGUCCAUCGGAACACCAGAGCGGCCUCUAGUGACUUUGAACGGUGACGGAGGUGGCGCCGAAUCUAUUGUUCGUUCUUUGAGUGAUUCCUUGCCACCCAUGACUGUGAAAUUGUGCAACUACUGCAGUCAGCAAGGAAACCUUCUCUGUACACGCUGCAAGAGAACCUGGUACUGCUCAUUGGCAUGUCAGAAAGCCAACUGGAACGCUCACAGACACUUGUGCAUGCCAAGUACCCCAGAAAGCCCUACAAGUGAACCAAAAGAAACUCCACUGUCACCAGUAGGAAAUGGAUCCAACACAUUAAACUCAAAGGUGAACCACUGUGAUGUGGCUGGUCCCCGGAGAGUCUACCUCCAGAAUCUUCACAAGAACAACCUUAGCAAAGGAGCUGAAGUACAGGCAACCGUGGUGGAGCUCCAAAGCCCUGGCAGGUUUUUCAUCCACGUGCAGAGCCCUGAGACCACGGAGUCUCUUAAAACCAUUUCUGCAGAACUACAGAAGUCCAGCGUCAGUUCUCUGAGGUCCACCUAUGUGCCUGAUCAAAGAGAGGUCUGCGCUGUCAAAUUCUCCCUGGAUCAGAACUGGUACAGAGGGAUGGUCCAGUCUGUGGCUUCAGACCAGAAGACUGCCAGUAUUCUCUAUAUUGACUUUGGCAACGAGGAAAAUGUGACAAUGGACAUGAUUAAGCCCCUGGCUGCUGGCCUGGGGCUCAUGCCUCCUUGUGCUGUGGAGUGCCGCGUGGCAGGGAUCGAGCCGGUGACGGACAGCUGGACGGAGGAGUGUAGCAUAGCAGUGAAGCAGCUGGUCGCAGGGAAGAGCCUCACGGUGACUGUGGUGGAUGUCCAGGAGAGCGGCCGCCUCCACUCUGUGGACGUCUUACUGUCGCCUAUUGGCAAGAAUCUCAGUACCUUACUCGUGGCCCAAGGAUAUGCGGCGAAGGUGACCACCAAGCAGUGCUCUGAACAGGACAUUGUGAGUGCUUCCCUGGAGAACUUCCGGAGCCAGUCGGGCGGUAAGAAUGAGAACACGGAUGCCCGGUCCCCCGACCCGCUGACCCAGGGGCUGGGAGACUCCUUCACUGCUGUGGUCACUCACCUGCAGUCCCCUGACGACAUCAUCUGUCAGAAGCUGGAGAACGCCAGUGUGAUCCAGGAGCUGCAACUGAAGCUGAGGGAACGCUGCAGUCAGGCUCCUCCAGCCAGUGCCAACUUCAGACCAGCCCCUGGCACCGUCUGCUGUGCCCUGUUCUCAGAGGACAACCAGUGGUACAGAGCCACCGUGCUGGCCUACUCGUCCGAGGAGCGAGUGUGUGUGGGGUACAUUGACUUUGGCAACUCCGAGGAGGUGGACCUGGGGCGCCUGCUGCCCCUGAGCCCGGAGCUGCUGGUUCUGCCCAUGCAAGCCAUCCCCUGCGCCCUGGCCGGCGUGCAUCCCGUGGCCGAGGCCUGGUCCGAGGACUGCGUCCAGAUGCUGCGGCGCACCGUGUGCAACCGCUUCCUGCGCGUGGAGAUCCUGGGAGAGAGCGAGGGCAGGGCGCUGGUCACCAUGGUGGACGAGACCAGUGACCCCCAAGCCAACGUGGCCGAGGUGCUGGUCGCCACCGGCUACGCCCUGCCUGCUGACCCCAGCCCCCCCCGGGACGUGGCGCCUGAGGCCCCCCCCGCAAUGGAGGCCCUGGAGUGGUCCUGUGUGGAGCUUCCCUGCGAGGGCCAGAAGGUGGCGCUGUUGGUCAGCGUGAUAGAGACCCCGGGAGAAUUCUACUGCAACGUCUACAACACUAAAGAGUUUCAGGUUCUCGCUGAGCUGAGGUUGGAAUUGACCCAAUACUGUGAGGCAAACCACACCCCCUUCACGCCUACUGUGGGAGAGCCUUGCUGCGCCAUGUUCUCUGGAGACAGUGUGUGGUACCGAGGUAUGGUGCAGGAGGUGUUUGAGGGCAAGGCCAGAGUCUUCUUUGUGGACUACGGCAACUCCAGCGAGGUGGAGUGGCCCCGUCUCCGAGCCAUCACGCCACACCUCCUCAGACAUCCCUUCCAGGCCAUCCGCUGUUACCUCGCAGGUGUGGAGCCCCCGGGCUUCCAGUGGAGCAGCGAGUCUCUCAGACGGUUCCAGGACCUGUGCAUCGGCCACCAGCUGCUGGGCCGAGUCCUCUCCAUCACGGAGCAGGGCUACGGCAUCGAGCUGGAGAGCGGCGGGCAGAACGUCAGGGCCACCCUUUUCUCUGAACAGCUGGCCAGAGUGUCCAGUCAGCAGCUCACACCAGCUUCAAAAGAGACCACGGCUAGCACCGGCCCACCCACAGCCGUGCCCACCAAUCAGAAGAAACAUCACACGGAGAUGCCCAAACUGGCCAUUCAGAAGGAGGCUCCUGCUCAGGUUCUGAUGCCAAAGGAAGCUUCAUUCCCUGUGGACUGGAGAACCGAGGAGUUACCCAGCAUGGAGACCUUCCAGCCCCGCAUUGCAGCUGUGGUCAGCCCUAGUCUGUUCUAUCUGUUCAACCCCAACCAGGUGGACCGGGAGCUGCUGCAACAGGUGAUGAGGGACCUGACUGUCUACUGCAGCAGCCAGGCCUCCCCCAGCCAGGGCAGACCUCCCCCUGGAGCUGCCUGCUGCGCCCAGUUCUCUGCAGAUAAGAGCUGGUACAGAGCGGUGGUGCUGGAGACCCGGGACACGGAGGCCACGGUGCUCUAUGCAGACUACGGCAACGCUGAGACGGUGGCCCUCUCCUGCAUCCUGCCCAUCCCCAAAGAGCUGCUGCAGCUGCCCUUCCAGAUCUGCCGCUGUGCCCUCCAGGGUAGGGAGAACUUUCCUGUGGUGUGGCCGGCGGAGGUCCUGGAGCUGUUCCGAGUCCUGCUGUCCGACGGCGUCCUGGCCUCCAAGCAGACCUACGAUGGACGCUGCAACCUGCUGUCGGUCACCCUGAGCAACGAGCACGGCCAGGGCCACCUCAACAGCAUGAUCCUGGAGGGCCUGCAGAGCACCAAGGCUCAAGCCAAGACCGCCUCACCCAAACCACACCACACCCUGACCGCCACAACCACGCACAAACCAGAUCAAAUCACGCCCACACCGAAACCGCACCCAGCCCCGACCGCUACAACCACCCAGAACGCAGCUGGCAACAUGGAGACCACCGCUGUCGUCUUGGAGACCCCAGGGCCGAGACACAGUGGGGAGAGUGUUAAGCCUGCUGCAGCUCCAGUCAAUGAACAUACCAGACAAGUGAAGCGUGAACCCAAGGACCUGCAGAGUGCCACUUGUUCAAAGAGCACCAACGGAUCACCAUGCUGCUGUCUUCAAUUAAAGACACAGAUUGAUAACCUUGAAGGGCUGAUUCUGUCUCUAAUGAAGCAGUUGGGACUGCCCAACUGAAGUCCAUUACUCUGCCCUCAACUGUGGCAAAAUCAGGAUGAAUUGACAACCUCAAUGAUCUGCCUUGGAUGUCCCUCCGUAAGAG